GUUGCUGAGCCACAAGUCAGUAGAUUAUGCACGGAAGCCCAAGAAUGCAUGGUGAUGGCCAGGUGGUUCGAUUUGGUGUCACUUAUGCUAACUUCAGCUGAUGUCAUAUUAUCAAAGGUCUCCGAGAAAGAUCUUGAGUGCAUAUUCACUGUUAUCUGCAAUGUUGUUACAAAGUCUGAAAGUCCAGAUGAAGCUCUCGAGAUGGCAAAACUUAUAUCCGCAAAGAUUACUCAGCAACCAAGUGACAAGCCCGCGUUGCGCUUAAAGAUCUUGUUCAAUCUGUACAACCUACUGGAGAAUCCAUAUAGCCGGUUCUUUGUCUACUUGAGUGCUCUAAAUUUGGCAAUCAAUGGAAAGGUCACUGAACAUGUCAUCCCUUCAUUCAAAAAGAUAGAAAGUUUCUUGAAAGAGUGGAAUAUUGGGGUCUCGGACCAGAGACAACUUUUUCUUACCAUAUCAAAUGUUUUAAGAGAACACAAAAGCUUGGCAAAGGAGUCUUUCAAAUUCCUGAGCAAGUACUUAGCUACUUUUUCUGGUGAAGAUGCAUAUAUAUUGAAUGAAGCCAAGGAGGAAGCUGUGCGCACAAUUGUGGAAUUUGUGAAGGCCCCGGACUUGUUUCAGUGUGAUUUGCUAGAUAUGCCUGCUGUAGGGCAAUUGGAGAAGGAUGCUAAGCAUGCGUUGGCAUAUCAGCUUUUAAAGAUCUUUCUGACUCAGAGGCUGGAUGCUUACGUGGAGUUUCAGGCUGCAAAUUCUACUUUACUGAAAGGCUAUGGACUUGUCCAUGAAGACUGCAUGACAAAGAUGAGGUUGAUUUCUUUGGUGGAUCUUGGCUCUGAUGAAUCUGGACGGAUUCCUUACAGUCUUAUCAGAGAUACGCUUCAGAUUAAUGAUGAGGUAGUCGAACUUUGGGUGGUCAAAGCGAUAACUGCUAAGUUAAUGGACUGUAAAAUGGACCAGAUGAAUCAAGUGGUGAUUGUGAGCCGCUGUACUGAGAGAGUAUUUGGGCAGCAACAAUGGCUUACACUUAGAUCAAAGUUAGCAACUUGGAGAGGUAAUGUUGCAAAUGUUAUCAGCACAAUUCGAGCUAACAGGAUAGCUGAAGAUGGCUCGCAGGCAGUGCAAGGCUUAGUUAUUCGUUAGAAAAUUCUUGGUUAUGUAGGUUCUUGACUGACUUAUGAAAGCUUGAAGUAGCAUUUAUGAUUCCCAAUUAUUUUCCCUUUGGACUUUGGAUCCAAAUGUUUUGGAAAUUUUGACAGGAAAAAAGUCUCUUGUUAUUUACAAAUCUUAUGAUUAUACGCUUGGUAAAUGAUGAAUGACUGCUUAUAUA